AUUCCGCGCCCACCCCCACCCCCUCCUCAGUCGCUUCUGCCGGUACCGGUUGGAGCCCGAGCGCCGCUGGCCCGCACAUGCGCAUAGCAGCGCUUGACCUCAGGCCCGGGCCCCUCCCGGGCCCGGGACACCUAGCGGCGGCCACUCGGCCCGGGACCAUGGGCAGCGCGGCCUGUUCCUUCCUGGAAAUUCAGCAGAAAGUUUGCAUUCAUAGGUUGCUGAAUCUUUUCCAUAUUAAUGGAUGACAUUUGGUAUGCGCACUGCAAAUCCUGCUUUGGGACUCUGUGAACUGUGGGGUGCCUGAUGCCUGUAAUCCCCAUUCCCCGCCGUGUCCGUUCUUUCCACGGCCCCCACACAACAUGUCUGCAUUCAGCCUGUGGCCCAGUAAGGACCACUCACUUGGUGCGCACCAAGUACAACAACUUCGACAUCUAUCUGAAAUCCCGAUGGAUGUACGGAUUCAUUCGUUUCCUGCUGUACUUCAGCUGCAGCCUGUUUACCUCCAUCCUCUGGGUGGCGCUCUCUAUCUUGUUUUGCCUUCAGUACCUGGGCAUCCGGAUCUUUCUGCGUUUCCAGUACAAACUCUCCAUCAUCCUCCUCUUGUUGGGGCGAAGGCGGGUGGACUUCAGCCUCAUGAAUGAACUGCUCAUCUAUGGAAUUCACGUGACCAUGCUGCUAGUGGGGGGGCUGGGCUGGUGUUUCAUGGUGUUUGUGGAUAUGUAAAUAAAGUGAGUGCAUGUGGGCUCAGGAGGCGACUUACUCUACCCCAAAACCUA